AUGGGCCAAUCUAUAUACUUCUAUGACCCGUCCCUGGCGGCGUCCAUUAUCUUUACCAUCCUUUACCUUCUCUCCUUUGUUUACCACCUAUACCUGUCCGUGAUUGCGCCUUGCACAAGGAAGUUCAGCCGAACAGGAUACUUCAUUCCUGUUAUGAUUGCUGCCGCAAUUGAGGUCGGAGCAUACGCCAUCCGAGCCGCCAGCGUCAAGAAACCAGACAACAUCGGAUUAUACGCGACUUCAGCGACGCUAAUUGUCAUUGCUCCCGUGCUUGUCUGUGCCAGCCUGUAUAUCUUCAUUGGAAAGUUGAUACAGUCCACGGGGAAAGAACCCUUAUUGUUCUUUGGGAAGAUCUCGCCCGUCUGGAUCCCUCGGAUAUUCGUCAUGUCGGAUGUUCUGAGCUUUCUCACGCAGGCCUCGGGGAGUGGGAUUGCGUCUUCGAAUGACUGGGAGGGAAUCCAAAAGGAUGUGGGGGUCGGCGUUCUUAUCGGAGGGCUGGUUUUGCAGCUGGUUACUUUUGCGCUCUUUCUUCUUCUCGUUAUUUGGUUUGAUAUGAGGUCGACCCCGUCUUCACUAGGCGGCGGUAUGGAAAGCGGAGUGAGGUUGGUCUUGAAUGGGAUUUACGUCGCGAGCUUCUUUAUCAUGGUCCGUCUGAUCUAUCGAGUUAUUGAAUUCUCCAUGGGCAUGGACACUUAUACUUGGACCCACGAAUGGCCGCUGUACGUCCUAGAGGCAGCUCCAAUGUUUAUUGCCAUGAUGGCAUUGGGUUGGUAUCACCCUGCUAGAUGGAUUCCUUCGGGUCUUCCUGCAACGCCGGAGAUAAGCUCUCGUAGGAGAUAUAGCGAACCGAUCCCACCAUCUUAG